GAGAGUAAUCAAAGAGGAGGUGGAGGAGAGAGCAGUCAGGGAGGUGGAGGAGAGAGCAAUUAGAGAGGAGGUGGAGGAGAGAGCAGUCAAAGAGGAGGUGGAGGAGAGAGCAGUCGGAGAGGAGGAGAGAGCAGUCGGAGAGGAGGUGGUGGUGGAGAGAGCAGUCAAAGAGGAAGAGGAGGAGAGAGCAGUCAGGGAGGUGGUGGUGGAAAGAGCAGUCAAAGAGGAAGAGGGGAGAGGAGUCAAAGAGGAAGAGGAGAGAGGAGUCAAAGAGGAGGAGAAAGCACUCAGGGAGGUGGUGGUGGAGAGAGCAGUCAAAGAGGAAGAGGGGAGAGGAGUCAAGGAGGAAGAGGAGAGCGCUGUCAAAGAGGAGGAGGAGGAGGAUAGCAGAGAAGUGUCUGAUCCAGAUCUGGAGGAAGAAGUAGAUAGUAUCACUGACCCAGGAGAGAUCUCCAACCCAGGUUCAGACAGUGAGCACAGUUCCACAGCAUCAGGAAACCAUAAACAACACAGACGGAGGAACUCAGGACAGAAACAUCACCACUGCAUGGACUGCUUCACUAGUUUCUAUGAUCCAGAGGAGUUGAGAAGGCACACUUGUAGGCCCCGCCCCUGCUCAGAUUGCAGUGGCAGUUUUGUGUGUCCAACUCACCUCAUACCACGCAAAAAGACCCUCAAAAGAAAGAAAACGUACCCGUGUGGUCAAUGUGGGAAGAGAUUUCAGACACCAAGCAGCUUGAAGACGCACCAGCUUACUCACACAGGAAAGAAGUCAUACCACUGCUCCCAGUGUAGGAAGACAUUCAGUUGUUCGUUCAAUUUGAAGAGGCAUCAGAGAAUACAUACAGGAGAGAAGCCUUUCCACUGCUUCCAAUGUGGGAAGAGCUUCCGUAUGGAAGGACAGCUAAACGAACACAAGAGAAUACACACAGGAGAGAAGCCGUACCACUGCUUUCAGUGUGGGAAGAGCUUUGGUCGGGCAGGAGCUCUAAAGGCACACCAGCUAAUUCACACAGGAGAGAAGCCGUACCACUGCUCUCAGUGUGGGAAGAGCUUCAGUCAGGCAGGACACCUGAAGACACACCAUCGAACUCACUCGGGAGAGAAGCCAUACCAAUGCUCUGUUUGUGAGAUGAGUUUUCCUCUUUUACAGACCUUAAAUAGACACCAGCUUACUCACACAAGAAAGAUGCCUUAUCACUGCUCCCAGUGUGGGAAGAGCUUCAGUCAAACAGGAAGCCUGAGGGCACACCAGUUAACUCACACAAUAAAUAAGCCUUACCACUGCCUUCAAUGUGGAAAGAGUUUCAGUCAUUCAUCAAAUGUGACAGCCCACCAGUUAACUCACACAGGAGAGAAGAAUUACCACUGCACUCAGUGUGGGAAGAGCUUCAGUCUGGCAAGAUACCUGAAGAAACAUUGUCAAACGCACACAGGAGAGAAGCCGUACCACUGCCCUCAGUGUGGGAAGAGUUUCCGUCAGUCAUCACAUCUGAGGGCACACAAGUUAACUCACACAGGAGAGAAGCCCUGUACCACUUAUCCCAGUGUGGGAAGAUCUUCAGGCAGACAGCUGACUUAAAGAGACACCAGCUAAACGUGGACACGUUUUUAUCCGGAUCUACAGGCUCCAGAUCAGAUCCCGGCCCAUUGACUGUUCCUAGGCCGUCAUUGAAAAUAAGAAUUUGUUCUUAACUGACUUGCCUAGUUAAAUAAAGGUAAAAAAAAAAAAAACAUUAUAUAUAUAAUUUUUUUUUUCUUCAAAUCUGAGUAAAGCGGAGCGCGGCAGCCCGUGAAGUGGUCAUAUCUACCUGAUUCCAGGUUGAUGGCUCUCGCUUUCUCCGCUCUACAGGCUCUUAUGACCGUCACAAUAAUUUAACAUGUUGAUUAUAUUGGGCCUCAAAUCAGCCAUUAUUGCUGAGUGCGAGCAGUGCUCAGAGCACCUAUGAGGCACGUCCCACCGUCAUCCAAUCAGCUCCUCAGAACUAUAAAGGGUCUCUUCCACACAAGUUCAUAACAAUGGCACCAAAAAGGAAACAAGGCAGGAUGUACUCUUGUUCCUAUGGUGACUCGGUAGCUAGCUCAAGCUGGCUAAUGUUACCCACAUCGCAUGCUCUUCAAGGACUUUGUGACUGUGUUAUCUAGUGGGAAGCCGUUAUGUUGUGUUCUAACUGGUCUCCAGUCGUUGAGCUCUAGCAUGCCGACCAUAACUGUGCAUUGGCUAGGCUAAUAGCUAACGUUAGCUGGCUGACUCGCUUGCUGGCUAAGAUAAUUGUGUAACGGAUGUGAAACGGCUAGCUUAGUUAGCGGUGCGCGCAAAAUAGCGUUUCAAUCGGUGACGUCACUUGCUCUGAGACCUUGAAGUAGUAGUUCCCCUUGCUCUGCAAGGGGCCGAGGCCCUUUGUGGAGCGAUGGGUUAUGACGCUUCGAGGGUGUCAGUUGUUGAUGUGUGCAGAGGGUCCCUGGUUCGCGCCCGGGUUAUACUGUUACAAUUGCAUAUAGCAAACAUUUUCGGAUAAUUGGUGAGAUGGAAGGGCUGGAUAUUGAUGCACGGACCGGUUUGGGUUUUACUUUACAUUCUAUGUCGGCCGUCAAUGUAAUUAAGAAUUUGUUUUUAUUGGACUUGUCUAGUUAAAGAUUUUUAAUUUUUUAUAAAUAUAACGGUAUUUGAAUGUU